UGGCGUUUGCAGGAAUGAUAUCACUUCUGAAAAACUAGGAACAUGGCCGCCGUUCAUCCGACGAUGAAUGGUGAGCUACCUACAUUCACAAUAGGCGCAGAAGAGGAUAUUGAACCCACUACUUUACAAGACGAGAUUAGAAACAUACAAAAUGUGAUUAGAUUGACUAAGGAGAAUCUUGAGGCACUCAAUGAUGAGUUUGGGAAACAUCAGCAUCCUCCGUCUAUGUACCUACAGGAGUAUGAGGCGCUUACUGACAAGAUUCAUGAGCUACAGUUGAAAGAACAAGAACUAAUGGAGCAGACAAGCGAUGAGCGUAGCUCCCCCAUCCCGACCCUGUCACCCCAAGAUAUGGACUCACCCCCUCUACCCAGGAAAACCAGCCUGGAAGAGCAUCAGAUAUUCUCGCAAGUAUCGUCUCCCCCUCCACAUCCUGGGACGCCAUUAUUCAUGACACCUAACACGAGUUCUUCAAAUCUACAGAAUCUACAGAAUUUUGAUAAGUUAACUACCCCUAUUGCUCCAAAAUCGCCAAUGAAGCAAAUGUUGAAAGCCUACCUGCCCAAUCACCAAAUAACAACAGUGACUAUUAAAUCGGGAAUCACAUUAAAAGAAGGUCUAGCUAAAGCCAUGAAACUGAGGGAUUUGGAGGCUGAGAAGUGUUACGUCACCAAUAGUAGAACCAGGUACCCUGUUGAUUGGGAGACAGAGAUGGAGGAUUUAGCAGGGGAAGAAUUACUUGUUGAACUGAUGAGUGAAUUAUCUGAAGAUACACCCUUUGAGCAUGACCAUGAAAAGAGCUUUAGACGUGGAGGAAUUCAACACAACUAUGUCCGAAAAACAUUUUUCACACUGGCAUUUUGUGACUACUGUCGAAGGCUGUUAUUCAAUGGCUUCCGAUGUCAAACAUGUAACUACAGAGUCCACCAACGCUGUGGUGAACGUUCGUCACAGAAAUGUUCCGAUGUUGAAAAAGAUGAAGUGUUCAGUUUUGAUGUGGAACCAGAUUCUAGGGAGAGAGAGCGUGCUAAACAUUUACUAGCUGGAGAUGCUAAUGAAACGCUCUCUUCGAAUUUCCAUGGGACCCUUGAGGGUAGCUCUACUUGGGCAUCACCCGCACGCUCUAUGCCCCAAGCAGUGCCACGGCAGCGUGCACCCCCUCUUUCUCAGCGGGAACGAUCAACAUCAGCUCCGAAUGUCUGUAUAAACCUUGCAAAUCCUGGAAACCCUCAAGAUCUCGAGGAGUUCGCUAAAAAGUUUGCGCAGGCAGGGAACGCAGCUGCCAUUGCUGACACUAUACCUAUUGUACGAAGCGCUCAAAAAGAGUAUACUAAUAAGCGUCAUGCUAGCGACAGUUGUACUCCUGUCAGAAAUAGACACUUUCCCCAUUCUACACUAAGUAAAGAAUUGAAAGCUGAUUUAGUAGAAAGAUUUGGCCCUCAUCUCGGCCCGCUGUAUGCUUCACUGUGUUCAAAUAUAUCUACGACCUUGAUCCCUGCAGUAACUAGUAAUAGCAACAAUCUGAGUGGUAACAAUGGCAACCAGUCAGCCGCGAGCCCCCAAAGUAGUCCGACCAAAUCACACAGUGCCCAGGCCUCACCUACAAGCUCUACAAAAUGGUCACGACGACCUCCUCGGUCAUCCGAAUCCGACGUCAACAAAGCAAAAAUGAGAUCAAGGCGGGACUCCAAUGAAGAUUGGGAAAUUCCUGAGUCAGAAAUACAAUGUAAAGUGCGAAUAGGCUCUGGAUCAUUUGGAACCGUGUUUAAUGGGCUAUGGCAUGGCCCUGUUGCAGUUAAAAAGUUAAAUGUUGUGGACCCUACUCCAGCACAGUUGCAGGCCUUUAAAAAUGAAGUUGCAGUCUUAAGAAAAACCCGACAUGUGAAUGUGCUAUUAUUUAUGGGUUGUACCUCGAAACCACAGUUAGCUAUUGUUACUCAAUGGUGCGAAGGCUCCAGUCUGUAUAAACAUUUACAUGUAGAAGAGAAAAAGUAUGAUAUGAUGCAGUUAAUGGAUAUUGGGAGACAGACAGCACAGGGCAUGGAUUAUCUUCAUGCUAAGUCAAUAAUACAUAGGGACUUGAAAUCGAACAAUAUCUUCUUAACGGAUGAUUGUACAGUAAAAAUAGGUGACUUUGGUCUAGCAACAGUGAAAACACGCUGGAGCGGCUCACACCAGUUCCAGCAACCUACAGGCUCUAUAUUAUGGAUGGCACCAGAAGUGAUCCGUAUGAAAGAGGCUAACCCCUAUACGUUCCAGUCUGAUGUCUAUGCCUUUGGUAUUGUCCUCUAUGAGUUGAUGACUGGCCAGUUACCUUACUCCAAUAUAAAUAACAAAGACCAGAUCCUGUUCAUGGUUGGCAAGGGCUAUCUGCGCCCAGACAUCAGUAGGUUUAGGAAUGAUACACCCAAAGCAUUGAAGCGCCUCUACACAGACUGUAUAGACUAUAACAGGGAAGAGAGGCCCCUUUUCCAACAGAUUCUAGCUAGUUUAGAGAACUUAAUUCGUUCAGUGCCGAAAAUAAAGCGUUGCAAUUCUGAGCCAACAUUUAACAGGACUCACUUCCAAUCUGAAGAUUCUGACUUCCUAUAUACAUGCCAGUCUCCAAAGACACCGAUAAACAGUCAGUUUGGGGGGGCCUUCCCAUUCUUAACCAGUGGGCCAGGUACAGGUGCAUUUAGGUGAACACUAGUGACAUCUUUCAAAAAGGGAGGAAAUUAAAAAUACACAUAAACAUCCAUGAAUCUAUUAUUUAUGGUGUAUGUUGGAUUCUACUAUCAAAAACAAGGAUAGGAACAACACACAGAUUGAGACAAUUAACAUGUAUAUUAAGUACAGAGGAAGAAGUGCAUUAUUUAAGGUAUCACCGUCAACAGAGAUGUACAAGUAAAUUAUUUCAAAGCUCCCGGAUUAAUGUAGGAUACUGAAAUGAUCAAUGCUUGAUCUCCAAAUGGACAGAGACCAUUACACUGAUAUAUUUGUUGUUUAUCCCUUGCGAACACAGUCAAUACAUAGACCCAAGUUGUAUAGUGACCAUAAAGUCUCUUUACAAUUACAAUACAAAGUCUG